CUUCUCCAUUCUCUUCUUCCCAAACAAAAAUAACUAAUUAAAGAGAGAUUAAUUAGUGAAGUAAGUUAUAAGAAAGAAAAGUGAUAAAUAAUUAUCAUGGAGGGAUCAAAGAGUUGUUGUCCACCUGGUGAAGCUAACAGCAAAGCAUGCUGCAAGUGCGGGCCUGGGUGGACUUGUGUUGUAAGAAAAAUUGAAGACCCUCAACCUGAUGCCAAGCCUUUCACCAACUGCUGCGAUACAUGUGUCUGCAUCACGGAUGAGUCAAAGAAAGUGGAGACUGAAGGAGGAUACUGUGUAUGUGGAGAAGGGUAUGCUUGUAGUUUCACCAAAACAGAAGGUCCUGAUGCUGGAAAAGUGUUCUUUGAAUGUGGUAAUGGUUGCAGAUGUGAGGUUUCUGGUUCUGGUAAUGAGGUUAUUGUCCUCAAGGAUGCAUAAUAACUUUAAUGUGUAAGGGUUAGUGGAAACACAUAUACAUGUACCAAAUAAAUGCUCAUGUUGUAGUACAUCAUAUGUACAAGUUGUAUUAAUUAGCAUUUUGGGAGGCCACUAGCCAAAUUUCAAUAUUGUGUGUUUGUGCGCGUUUUAUUUCAUUGAAUAAGCAUUGUUGUUGACACUCGAUAGGGUGUAAUUGUGUCAUGUUGUUACACUCUUGUGCAAUGUAAUGUUACAUUAUUUGUUGUUGUCUGAA